UCCCAGCCCUCGUCUUCUUUUCUCCUCCUUUCCCGCCAUCUGGUUCCAGCCAAUGGGCGGCGCCCAGUGAAGCUCUCGACCAAUGGGGCGACGGCUUGUGGUGUGGGUGGGUGUGGCCGAGGGCUGCAGCGUGUGCUGAGUGUGUCUCAGUCGGUGUGAGUGUGGCGUGCGGACGUGUCUGUGCGGAGCUGUGUGUGUGCGGGGAUCUCAGUCAUCUCGUCCUAGCUGCUCCGGCGGCGCGGGUGUCCGCCCGUAUCCCAGCCCGCCAAGGGGGAGGCACGUCCGGGUGUCAUCCGCAGACGGUGUGGUGCUGCUGUACGUGGCUUAGCCGCUCCUCCGCUGCCGCAUUGUGCGCAUCCCUCGUCACAUAACAAAGACAACGUCCAUUGGAAGGCGGCAGAGUUGUGUUGUCUCUCUGGAAAAUCUGCAUUGAGUUUCUUCAAGCAACUUGUCUACAACCGCAGCUAAAAACCACUUAGGGAGCACAUCCAUUUCUAACCCCCUCGCCCUCUAGGCCUGUGAAAAUGUGCAGCUCCAAUGGCCGUAUCUGGUUUCUGACAGACAGAAGGAUAAAGGACGACUAUCCCCAGCAGGAAAUUCUCCGCGCGCUCAAGACAAAAUGUUGCGAAGAAGACCUCGAGUUCCGGUAUCUGCUCAUGGACGAGGUGGUCUUGACCAUCGAACAAGGAAACCUAGGUCUCCGUGUGAGUGGAGAGUUCAUCACGUCCUAUCCUCAGGUGGUUGUAGUCCGUGUGCCCACUCCCUGGGUGCAAAGUGACAGCGACAUAACCGUCCUCAGGCACUUGGAAAAGAUGGGUUGUCGACUGAUGAACAGACCACAGGCCAUUCUCAACUGUGUCAACAAGUUCUGGACAUUUCAGGAGCUAGCUGGUCAUGGCGUGCCCCUGCCAGAUACGUUUUCUUAUGGUGGUCAUGAAAACUUCUCCAAAAUGAUUGAUGAGGCCGAAGUCUUGGAAUUCCCCAUGGUGGUUAAGAACACCCGGGGGCAUAGAGGUAAGGCUGUGUUUUUAGCCCGGGAUAAGCAUCACCUGGCUGACCUGAGUCAUCUCAUCCGGCAUGAAGCCCCCUACCUGUUCCAGAAAUACGUGGAGGAGUCGCACGGCCGGGACGUGAGAGUCAUUGUAGUCGGUGGCCGUGUGAUCGGCACCAUGCUGCGGUGCUCUACUGACGGCAGAAUGCAAAGCAACUGCUCACUAGGAGGCAUUGGAGUGAUGUGCACGCUCAGCGAGCAGGGCAAGCAACUGGCCAUUCAAGUCUCCAACAUCUUGGGAAUGGAUGUGUGUGGCAUUGAUUUGCUCACCAAAGAAGACGGCUCCUUUUGUGUCUGCGAGGCCAAUGCAAACGUGGGCUUUAUUGCGUUCGACAAAGCUUGCAACAUGGACGUAGCCUCCAUGAUCGCUGACUAUGCCCUUUCGCUUCUGCCAAGUCGACUGACCAGAAGAAUGUCCCUCCUUUCUGUCGUGUCCAGCGCGAGCGAGACGAGCGAGCCCGAGCUGCCUGGCGGAACCUCCGGCACGGGCGUUGACGUGCCCGCUCCUCUCCUCCAUCACCAUGAAGCCGGAGACAGCAUGAGUGCCAGCUCCAGCUCUGUGGACAGUGAUCCUGACACUGCCACCGAGAGGGAGCUCCUCACCAAGAGCGCCAUCUUUAACAUGAACCAGCUUCUUGCCAGCGAAAUCAAGCUCUUGGUGGAAUAGAAGAU